AUGCUCGGCAAGUUUCUAGUUGCCGCUCUUGCGGUUGUUGGCGGUGUCAACCCCGUCGAGGCUCAACAGCAGAACAUCUUCGUCACUGGUGUCUCGGUCACUGGUGGAAGUGCUGUUCCUUCUCGCAAGAACAUCAAUGACCUCCAAAAGGCCGGUGGUCCCACCUGGGAUCUUUACAUUCGAGCUGUCCGCUCCAUGUACGACGCUAAGGAGACCGAUUGGAAGUCCUUCUUCCAGGUUGCUGGUAUUCAUGGAAAGCCUUUCAUUCAGUGGAACGGUGGUGGUGGCCGAAGCGGCAAUGGCUGGCCUGGAUACUGUCCCCACGGCGAGAGCCUCUUCCUGACCUGGCACCGUCCCUACGUUCUGCUUUACGAGCAGAUCCUCGUCGAGCACGCCAAGCGACUGGCCAACCUCUACCCUACCAAGUACCGCAAGCAGUACGUUGAUGCAGCCAACUCUCUGCGAUCCCCCUUCUGGGAUUGGGCCAUCGAUGGCAUCCCUUCCAUUAUCACUCAGUCUAUGGUCAACGUCAAGGUCCCCAACGGUAGCGGUCUCAAGACCAUCAACAUGAAGAACCCUCUCUACACUUACAACUUCCCCAAGGAUGCUCUCAGUGGCAAGUACGGACAAUGGGACGAUGAGGACCGAAGCCGCAUCUACCACUGCCCUGCCCCCGAUAGCUUCCCCGGAACCGCCAACAAAAACCUCCGUCAGCGACCCUACAAGCAGUGGGUGUACGAUGUCAUGACCCGACCCACCACCUUCAACCAGUUCGCUUCUACCGGCGCCAACGGUGCUUCUCUCGAGCAGAUCCACAACGCCAUUCACUGGGAUGCCUCUUGCGCUGGUCAGUUCCUCGCCACUGAGUUCUCCGGCUUCGACCCCAUCUUCUGGAUGCACCACACCCAGGUCGACCGUCUCUGGGCUUACUGGCAGGCCAUGCACCCCAACCAGCUUAGCUUCACUGGCUCUUACUCUGGUGGCUCUCGUUACUCUACUCCUCAGGGCACUCGCAUCACCCCCACCUCUCCUCUCAACCCCUUCUACAAGUCCAGGGGUAACUUCCACACCUCCGAGAGUGUUAAGAACAUCAAGGGGUUCGGAUACACCUACCCCGGACUCGAGUACUGGCACAUGUCUGCCGCUCAGCUCUCCAGCUCUGCCAAGAGCACCAUCAACCGUCUCUACGGCAGCGGUUCUUCUCGCCGCCGUGAUAACGAGGAGCGUGCUGACUCCAAGACCACUCGCUACUUCGCCAACGUCGAGCUCGAUGUCACUGAGGUUGAGCGUCCUGCCCAGGUCAACGUCUACGUUUCUGGCAAGCUCGUCGGUGGUCUCGUUGUGAUGCGACAGCCUGCCGAGGGUAUCGUCCACGGUUCCUUCUCUGCUGAUCAGGCUGCCGACACCCCUCAGCUUCUCGGUGCCUGCUCUCCUACUAAGGUUGCCGACACCGUCACCAGCGGCCUCCAGGUUGAGAUCGUCAAGCUUGAUGGCUCCAAGAUCGACCUCAAGACCGUCCCCAGUCUGAAGCUCAGCCUCGACGACGUUUCUUACACUCCUCCUGUAGCUGAGGACGACCUCCCCAUCUACGGCAAGCCCAGCACUCAGCCCGCCAAGGCUGUCGCCCUCACCAACGCCAAGGCUCUCAAGGCCGUCAGCGCCUGUGGCGGCAAGCUUCCUUCAUUCAACCCUCCUGUUUAA